CGCACUUUUCAUCACCAAUCACGCGCACUGGUUUUACGCCUGAAGCUCGGGCGGUGUGGGACGUGGGAGCCCCUGCGUGACCUGCGUCUUGGUACUAACCCCACCCAGUUACGUCGCUGGGCCAGUCCUGCGCAUGCAUUGACUGAAGGCGGCUUGUCGUUGUCACUGGCCCUGAACCUGCAGCUUGCAUGCGCCGAGUACCAAAGACGUCGACCCUGCUCCCAUCCAUCAACCAUUGCCAGCUUCCUACCUACCUACCUACCUAGGCACCUACCUACUACCUACAGGUCCGGCACCGUGAUAGUCGAGAGCCACUCCUAUCACGAACCGUGCACCCCCUUCUUCUGCCCGCCAUGGCGCCGCCCGAAGUCCACCACCUCUUCCACAACCCCAUCGCCGACCACUCCUUCUCGGCCGACCGCCAGACCCUGGCCAUUGCGCGCGACUCGACCGUCGAGCUCUACUCCAAGGUCGGCUCUGCUUUCAAGCUCAAGGACGAGCUUAAGGCCCACGACAAGACCGUCACCAGCGUCGACAUUGCCCCCAACUCGGGCCGCAUCGUUUCGUGCUCGCAAGACCGCAAUGCCUUGGUCUGGGAGCCUUCGCCCACGGGCUACAAGCCGACGCUCGUGCUGCUCCGCAUCAACCGGGCCGCCACCUUUGUGCGCUGGUCGCCGAGCGAGACCAAGUUCGCCGUCGGCUCGGGCGACCGCGUGAUCGCCAUUUGCUACUUCGAGGAGGAGAACGACUGGUGGGUGUCCAAACACCUUAAGAAGCCCAUCCGCAGCACCAUCACCACGGUUGCCUGGCACCCCAACUCGGUGCUCUUGGCCGCCGGCUCCACCGACGCCCACGCCCGCGUCUUCAGCAGCUUCAUUAAGGGCGUCGACACCAAGCCCGAGCCCAGCGCCUGGGGCGAGCGCCUGCCCUUCAACACGGUCUGCGGUGAGUACCUCAACAAUUCGGCCGGCUGGGUCCACGCCGUCGCCUUCUCGCCUUCGGGCGACGCUCUGGCCUUUGCCGCCCACGACAGCUCCAUCACCGUCGUUUACCCCGGCGGGCCUGACCAGCCGCCGCGCGCCCUCAUUAGCAUCACCACCCAGCUGCUGCCAUUUAUGGGCCUCAUCUGGAACGGUGAGGCCGAGAUUAUCGCCGCCGGUUACGAUUGCGAGGCCUUCCGCUUCCAGGGUGGCGAGCAAGGCUGGCAACUGAGCGGCACCCUCGAGGCCAAAAGCCGCCCCGCCGGCCUGUCCGAGGGCCGCGAAGAGUCUGCCCUCAACAUGUUCCGCCAAAUGGACCUGAGGGGCAAGGCCAAGGACGACACCCAGCUCAAGACGGUCCACCAGAACACCAUCAGCACCAUACGCCCCUACCAAGAAUCCGCUUCGGGCCUGGCCAAGUUCAGUUCGAGCGGAGUUGAUGGGCGUGUCGUCAUCUGGGGCACGUAAGAAUUCUGUAUUGUAGAUAUGUGGAGCUAGACCAGGCACUUGUUGAAUACUGCAAGAGGGUUGUUUCAUAACCUUGUUAGGACAAGAUGGGUUAUAGCAAAGGGAGAUGGAGAGAAGAUAAGAAGAGAAACAGGAAUAAAUUCCAAAAAAAAAAGAGGAGAAAAGCCGUACACACCAAAGGCUAAGUACCUCUAUACAGCAGUGAUGCAGGCAGCCAGAGCGUGGGGCCUGGCCGGCAGGUCCCCACAUCCCGAUGGAUGCUGCAGGAACUUGCUUGCAUAUCCUUAAGCUUGCGCCAGCCCACCAGCCCACCCUGUCUUUGUGACAAUACUUGAGCAGCUUCGAUCCCGAUACCGGC